AUGGAAGGCAUACUUCCCUCCGAGAAUCUUUCGGCCUUCGAGCAAGCUUCCACCCAUAUGCGGGCUCCGUUAUCAUAUAACGAAGACAUCACCAAGCUCAUGGCCGCUUCUACCACUACGACUACCACUACCACUGCUACCACCAAUUCAACCCCCAUCUCCAACCCUGACGAAGUCAGCGGUACAACCAGCCAACCUCGCAGCCGACGCAGCCGCCACGAGCCUGAACCCGACUGGUCAGAGCAAGUGCGCGAACAAGUCCGCAACUCACGCCGAACGGGCCAAGCAUGCGAUCGGUGCAAGCUCCGCAAAAUGCGCUGCGACCCACGGCCCACUGGCUGCGCCCCCUGCAUCGCAGGCGGGUUGCCCUGCCAGGUAACCGACCGAGUCACUGGCGAGACAUAUGUCCGUGGCGCAGCGAGCCGAAUGAAAAAGCAAAUCAACAGCUUGCAGGCACAGAUCCAGCAGCUGAGAGAGCGGAAUCUGGCCCUCGAGCGCCGCAAUGAGCUCUUGGAGGAUCAGAUCGAGAUCUUGUGUGAGCAGACGGCGCGGCUGAAAGCUGGGUUGGUUGAUAGAUAG